GGGUGCCUCCGAAGCAAACACACAACACACACUGACACACACACACGCACGUACGUACGGAGUCACCCCUGCAAGGCGGUGUGUGUGUGUGUGUAGGCGCGUGUGUGCGGUUUGCUGGUUCCGUAACUUCUGGGAAGUCGGCAUGGACAAGAAACAAGAUCCCAAAGGAUCCUUGGAAAAGCGAAAAGUUGGAACGAAGAAGAAAAGGCCACCCAUAUUACGAAUGCCAUCGGUUAAUAAACAAUCAGCUGUCCCUGCAACACCUCCAAGGAACUUGGAUUCCAGGACUUUUAUCACCAUUGGAGAAAAGAACUUUGAAGUUGAGGCUGAUGACUUGGUGAGCAUCUCCGAACUGGGCAGAGGCGCUUACGGUGUGGUGGAGAAAGUGCAUCACGCCAAGAGCGACACAAUCAUGGCUGUGAAGAGGAUCCGAGCCACCGUGAAUACUCAGGAGCAGAAGAGGUUGGUGAUGGAUCUGGAUGUCUCCAUGAGGACAGUGGACUGCUUCUAUACGGUCACAUUUUACGGCGCUCUUUUCAGAGAGGGUGAUGUAUGGAUCUGCAUGGAAUUGAUGGACACGUCUCUGGAUAAAUUUUAUAAGAAGGUUCUGGAGAAGAAGAAAACCAUUCCUGAAGAUAUCCUGGGAAAAAUAGCCGUCUCUAUUGUGCGAGCACUGGAGCACCUCCACAGUAAAUUGUCGGUGAUCCACAGAGACGUGAAACCGUCCAACGUUUUGAUCAACAAACAGGGACACGUCAAAAUGUGUGAUUUUGGAAUCAGCGGCUACCUGGUGGAUUCGGUGGCUAAAACGUUGGAUGCCGGCUGCAAACCUUACAUGGCUCCCGAAAGAAUUAAUCCAGAUCUAAACCAGAAGGGGUAUAAUGUGAAAUCUGACGUUUGGAGCCUUGGGAUCACUUUGAUCGAGAUGGCUAUUCUCCGUUUCCCCUACGACUCCUGGGGGACCCCCUUCCAGCAGCUUAAGCAGGUUGUGGAAGAGCCGUCGCCUCAACUCCCAGCCGAUCGCUUCUCCAAAGACUUUGUCGACUUCACCGCCCAGUGUCUGAGAAAGAAUCCUGCUGAACGAAUGAGCUACUUAGAGAUGAUGGAUCACCCUUUCUUCACUCUCCACGACACCAAAGUGACCGAGAUGGCUUCCUUCGUCACGGAAAUCCUCGGGGAAGACUCUUAAAUUUCUCCCCCACACCGCCCUGCCUUCUCCCCAGCCCCCGCCGUCGUGCCAAAUAAACUGGAGUAGCAUCGUCCUCCUUUCUCCCGGUGGGAAGAACCGAGGCACUUUGAAAACUUCACCGCAUUAUCGGGCGGUUUGCACAAAACAGAUCGAAUGUCUUUGCCUUCAACCUCCCUCAGCCCCAUUUAACCUCCCCUUCGUGUCAGAGAGAGAGAGAGAGAGAGAAAGAAAGAAGCUGUGGCGGCUGGGGUGGCCCCCACCCUGCGCAAAGAAAUCUAAUUUCGGAACCGUUUGCAAGGACCUGAGAUCAGUACUUGCAAUUCUUCACUGCCGUUUCUAGCUGCCAAGGUUGAAUUUUCGCCUGUUCCCCUCAAUAAACCUUCCCCAACCUCUUCCACCUCCCCUCUCAAAAAAAACGCAACUGUGGACAUUCAGAAUUUUUCUAGACUUAAUGCAAAACUCUCCAUCCCUUUCAAGAUCUACCUGCGGAUGCCGCUGCUGAGAAGACGCUUGUGUGUCGGCUUUUUAACGCUUUGCAAUUUCCAAAAAAAAAAAAGGAAAAAAAACUCUUUCUGUAGAAAAUCAAGAAGGUUUUAGUAGUUUCUGGGAGUUAGCUGUUCUAUUUUUUAUUUUAUUUUAUUUUUUUUGCAAUUUUCUCUGUCUCUCUUUCUCUCUUUUUAAAAAAACCUCCACAGCAGUAUUCCUCAAUUGCAGAUUCCUCAGCAAUUUUUAAGAUGAGAAUUCUUCAAAAGCAGGCUGGCAGGUGGGGGGAGAUUCUGGGAAAUGAAGUCCACAGAUCAUAAAGUUGGAAAGCUGUUCUGGAGGAACAAUUUCCCUUUCCCCCCACCCCCCAUGACCCCCCAAAAAACCUCUCCUGGACAGAUUUUACAGCCCAGUUUUGUGGCCUCUGUCGCUGGAUUGUGAAGUUCCUACUCGCCCAUGGUUGGUCGCCGCCUUCCGAAGUUGACUUCAACAAAUUCAUAUACGAAGAUGAUAUUGGCUAGUUUCGAUAGCAACACCCUGAAGAUCACGUGCCUCUUCAAACUUGUGUUGUGCUCUUCAAACAUUCAGAUGCGUUGAUGUACGUUUCACCUUCAAAAGAGAUGUACUGAGCUCCCAAAUCCAGCUAUCUUGGGGUUUCUCGUCUCUGGAGGCAUCCUUGGAGGUCGAAAAUGUUAAUUAAAAAAAUGAAAUCGCCCCCCCCCAAUGGGUUUCAAGAGAUGGAUUUAGGGGGCUGCACCUUAACUGCACUAAAAUUGGGAAGCAUUGUUGAUCCGGUGAACUGAUUCCUCCUUUCUCUCAACUCUCAUCUUUUUCUGGACUGUUGGAAUUCGGAAGUUCACCUUGAAGUUGAAUCUACCUUACUUUAAGACGUCCAGUCUUCCCCAUCACUCCUGAGCUGCAAGACGGGUCCACCAGAAGCUCGCUUCCCUGUCCACUCCCCCUCCACCAAAUCCAGAUUUUGCACACUUUUUGUUCUUCGGUGCCAACGGUGUUCAGUAAUUUAGCCUACCGUGCGAACCCAACGGUGAAUGAAUGGUCCAUGAUUACGUUCACACCAAUUCGAGCACUCGCCAUCGCAUGGAAGCCGAUGGGAUUGCAACCACACGAUAUAUCCAUCAUGGUUUAGGAGCUACAAGACCUGGGUUCACACCCAUGCACCGCAACUUGGCUUGUGCAGGGCGUUAGCCAUGCUAGAACCGUGGUGGUUAGGCGAUGGCUUUUUUCUGCCUGAUCAGGAACAUCUGGAUUGAAGUGGAGACUCUUGGCCAGCAAAAGAUGCGUGUCCUGCACAGAGCCCAUUUCUGGUUGAUAAAUCUACUGCGGGGGGGGGGGGGGGGAAACACACCCUUAGGCACAUGGGUGGUGUGUGAAUGAUUCUUCAAACGGGGAACAAAUGAAAUAUUUUUUCCUCGCCUCCAAAGAACUCUUAAUGUGGAGAAUUCUUCCCUUUUGAUAGUUUUGCUUCUAGGAAAACGUUCGCUUCCCUCCCCCUAGCCAAAAACAAAUAUUACCAUAGUAAUAUGGCUUAAUUCACACUUUUUGUUUUUCAAUAAAUUCUCUCUCCUUCCUUCUUUCCCCCCCCCACCCCAAAAGUAAAUUAUCUUUUAAGUGCGUGUAUAUGUUUGUGUAAACAAUGAAUAGAUGCAGAGGAAGCACCAGCAGGUGAAAUUUGCAGGAGAAUGUUAAAAGUACAAGACAGAAGAAAAAAAAGAAGAGGGGGGGAGUCCAUUUUAACGACCCUGGAAAGGGUUGUAUGUCAGGAGGGUAUGAGUCAGAUGCUAAAGAACAAAUCCACCUAUUUAUUUUAUCCGUCCGGUCUGAAGAAGUAGCCUUCUCAAGCCAUGACUUGGUCUUUACCCAAAGUCAUUUCCAGUGAAUGAGUUGCUAGUCCUUAUUGAUCCCUUAAAAUAUCUCAGCCUUGGCGAUGUAACAGAUGGGACUUGGUCCCUCCUUCUGCAAGAUGAUUUUAAAAAUUAAAUUUUUCAUGUCUCAUCAGCUUUGAAAGACGCUGGUGAUCUACUAAGCAGACCCAAACAAUAUAUUAUUUUUCAGGAUUGGCUGUUGGUCAUUUGCCCACCUGUAAGGGUUUUUUUAAAGUCUAGGCCAGGGGUCUGCAAACUUGGCCCUUUUAAAACUUGUGGACUUCAACUCCCAGAGUUCAAACUCUGAGAGUUAAAAGUCCACAAGUCUUAAAAGAGCCAAAUUUGCAGACCCUUGGUCUAGGCUAAUUUAAAUUGCUCCCUAGAAAUUUAUUUGGACAGGAGGCCUCUUCAAAAGAUGCUUUCGUUGAGUUGUCCCAACGGGUUUAAUGUUGCUGAUCAAACCUCUGUUCAUAAUUUGAAGGCCACCAAACAACCUUAACGUCUUUAGAUGAGAUGGGUGGAAAAUAAAUAAACUUCCCUUCCAGAUGUUUGGCCUUCCCUUCUGAGAGUUGCUACCGCCUUAAGUUACCUAUAAAUAAAAGUGAAAUUUUAAAAAAUAAUAAUAAAUUGCAGAUCAUGAAUGAUUCGCAGGGGUGGGGACGACUAUUCCGUCCAUUCUCUUCGUAAGUUAAAAUGUUCCGCUUUGGGUUUUGACUUUAUCCUAUUGAUUUGGGGAGAGGGGGUUUCCAGGCGUGGUCAGAGACCUAUUAUGCCCCCCCCCGCAAAGCCCCCACUUCUGUAUUGCCAUCGCUUGAACCAAUGAAUGUCGUGUGCAGCUUCCGAAAUCGAGAUACUCCCGUGACGUUUUUCCAACCUGUUCUUGUUCUGGUUUGUGUUGUUCUUAUUAUUUUUUUUAACCUCUGCACUUUUUGGGGGCAAAUUUAGAAAACGUUUCUUGCCGUUUUUCUUUUUGAGUCUAGUGCUAUGUUUCUCCAACUGGGCUCCUUUUGAAGAUGUGGGGACUGCUACAACUCCCAGAAUUCCCCAGCCAACAUGGCUGAUGGAAUUCUGGGAGUAGUAGAAGCCCACACAUCUAAAAGUUGCUAAGUUGGAGCCUUCCUGGUCGAAUCAGAUGGGCUUUGGGUAGCAAGUUUUGAUGCUUCUGCUGGGUAUCUAAUAUUUUUUAUUUCUUAUCGGUUUUGGAUUAGCAAGAGGGUGUACGGCCAUCGCUCCCUAAACCUCUCCUUCUCGUGCUUCAAUGUUUGUUUCUUCAAAUGCAUGCCUUUGGAUUUUACAGGGUUUGUUUCCUUCACUCCCACCUCCUCCUCUUCUCCAUCUUGCAAAAAAAAAAAUUAUUAUUAUUUUGAUUUGGAACCCAGCAAAUGAAAUGACCACAGAGCCCUUGUGGACCACGAGCUGGGUCUCCUUGGGGCAAAUGUGACCAGCUUUCCAGGUUUGGUUUGAAGAAAGCUUGAGAGCAUGUGAGCCCCAAACUCUCCUUCCAUUUUUUUUCCUUCUUCUCUUUUCCCCCUCAAGUUUCCUGCGGAAAUGGAAGACUAUUUAUAUUUAGACAAGGAACUCCGGGUGCUUUUAUGAUUUGAAAGAUUCUCUCUAAUAACUAACUUGGUUGUUGGUUUUCAAUAAAAGAAGCUCCCCAA